AAACUCUAGCUGAGUGGUGAACAAAUGAGCUUGUUAUGCAGAUUAGUGUAUAUGUAGUUCUUCUCUUGGAAACACUCCUCCCACCCUGUGUGUAUGUUUUUUUUUUUUUGUUUUGUUUGUUUUUGCCAAUUCUGUGACUUCUUUGUAACUUCAAAGUGCAUUGCACUUAUUGCUGUUUUUGUUUUUGCAAUGGUGUUUAGCACUGUGAGCUCACAGCACAAUGCCCAGGUUAAUCUAUAUAUGUUUAACAUAUGUCAAUGCAUGUGUCUUAUCACUGCUAACAUUACAAUACCCAGUAGUGUCUCUGGAAAUACACCAGAGAUAUGUCAAGAGACUGACUGACCAGUGCAGCCUCUUUGGCGUUCAACUGAUAAUCAAGUAAAAUAUAUUUUCACAGUUGUGUAAAGAGCAAGUUGAACAGUCACCCUGACGUCUGAUAUCUGGCACCAAUUUAUAUUAUGAUUGACACACGCGUAGCAUGCCUAUUUCACGGAUCAUGUUUGAUCCAAUGAACGUAAUGCUUUAGAACAGUCAUUUAAAAUAGAAGUUUGCCCGAUUUGUCAAAGCUAGUUAAAAGUAGAUAUUUCCUUGCUAUUAUGACUUUCAGACUUUCUCCAGCAUAUUGGUGUUAGUGGAGAUAUUUACUUGGUAAACAUUGAGUUUGUUGUGAAUUUAGAACAGACUUGUAGGAUAUGAGCAAAAUGCUGGAUCUGGAAAAUAUAACUUAAUUUUUUUUUUUAAUUCUAACAUUGUUACACUAGUAUAGUAAGACAAAGGCUUGACAAAUUUGCUUGGAAUCUAGGAGCCAGCUAGAAAAGUUAAAAGCCAGAGAAAUCAACGCCAAAAAUACAAUUCUUAAAGGAACACUAUAGUCACCAGAACCACUACAGCCUAAUGCAGUUCUGAAAUUUAUAUCCUGUCCCUGAACGCUUUUCAAUGUAAACACUUUUCAGACAAAAGGCAGUGUUUAUAUUGCUGCCGGGUAACUCCUUUGGACAGGCACUCAGACGACCUCUAGAGGUGCUUCCUGGGUCAGUUCCCUAUAGAGAAGCAUUGAGUCGAUGCACCUCUGAGAAGUUAAAUUGGCGCAGUGGCAUUUUGCCGUGCAUGCGCAAUAGUUUUCCUAUGCUUUCCUAUGGGGAAGCAUUGGAUUGACUGAGAUUGUCAAAUUUGAUCUCAGCCAUGGAGAAGGGGCCAGCCACAGGGCCAUCAGCACGGCAUGGGAGAAAAAAAGGAGAGUAAAAACACAUUUCCCAUGUGAUUGGAGGGAAGACACACACACUCACGCGCUCUCAUUCAAAAGUAAUUACUUUAUUUAAAUCCACACCGCCUCCUUACUUCUGGAGAGCUGGAGUGGAUUGGCUUUCCCUCUGGUCCAGUGGGGCUGCUGUCAUCUCUCUACUCACCUCCCUCUCGCGCACUGUUUAGUGAGCUGAGGGCCAGAGUGAUGUCAUAACCUGGCUCCCGACAUCACUGCAAGCUGUGCGAGGGAGGUGAUUAGGGAGAUUACAGCUUUCUCGCUGCGGCAUUUGUCAUCUGUCUGGCCUCCCUCCCUCUGCUCACCAUGGGCUGGCCGCCCCUCCUCCCUCCCUUACCUCUCAAUGAGCCAGCUACCUUAGUCAGCAGCCUGCCUCAGCCCUCUGUGAUCCAACUGCCUGCCUCUGCUCUCAGGCAGACUGUCACCUUGGGGGCUGAACAGGCUCACAAAUCCCAUGCGCCUGGACAAAUUUCAUGGUCGCCAUGGGACCUGGCGCCUGGGAUUUAUCGAGCCCUGUAGUAAUACGUGUCUCCCAAGAAUUGUUGUAAUAAUGCCUUUCAUACUUGUAUUUUUGUCACAGGUUUUGACUUGACUGCUGAAUAUGUUGGAACUUAUAUAAACAAAAAAAUAAAUAGUAUACGGAUGAGGGGUUGGGUAUCUUGCUAAGGCUUUGGUAUGCAAAAUCUAGAUGUACAAAGUGUUUUGAUUACAUGGCUAAUCCCACCUCUAGCUGCUGUCUCUCAGACAGCCGGUAGAUGGUGCUUCCGGCUUCUUAGAACAUGAAAAGUGUUUUAAAUGACACUGGACAUCCUCCUGCUGUGCAUGGUGACCUCCAGCGUCGUCGCAAUCCCCCUUGGAAAGCAUUGAAUAAUGCUUUCCUAAGGGGAGGUCUAAUGCGCAUCCACGCCACUGCUGCGCAUGUGAACUAGACCCCGCUCAUCGUGGGACAGAGGGGGUGGAGCGUCAACUCAGCACAGAGGGACCUCUGUACAGGGAUCGUGUAAGUAAAUGGUUUUUAACACUUUAUUUACCUGGAGGGCGGGUGGGGAGGGGUUUGCUAGGGAGGGAGGAGGCAGAGGGAUCGGUAUUGCCAGCAAUACAGCUUUGCAUUCCUGGCACUACAGUAUCCCUUUAAGUCACUGGUUCACUUUUAGGAAUGGGUUUUCUUCAAAACUUGUAUUCUAGUUUGUUCCUAAACUCUACUUUGGAAUUUUGCAACUGCGUGGGUAUUUUUGGUUUGCAUAAUAUAUUAAUAAAAGAACCUUCAGCCUGGGAAGAAAUGUAUGCUUUUGAUAUUUGUACACUGAACAUAAAUACAAUUUGCCAAUGUCUCACCCUAUGUCACUAAAUACCUUUUUGUUUUCUUUGUUAUAGGAUUCCUUUUGGAAUAUACGUCGCACAUUUAUGGCGAUUCGCCGUGUAAGGACAGAGUAUUGCCAGGCUCAGCACAGCAUUGGCGCAGACAAGUGAGCUGGGAAGUCUGUUGGUGCCACCAAAGUCCACCCUUCCAAAUUUUCCCUUCCAUCAUUUUUGUCUACUGCAGCAAAUCAUAUGGGAGUUCUUAUUUAUUUUACUCCAGAGCUCCACAAUUAUCACUACUGUUGUGAAGGGGAGGAGUUAGUAAAGAGACAAAUUGUUGCAGAGUUGUGCUCUGCAAUAACUUCUUUUCAACCCUCCAUGAGUGCCUCGUUGCGGUAGACUUAACUCGUAGUUUUUGUUAUAUAAAUAUAUAUUAUUUCUCCCUCGUCCCCCCCUCUUCAUUAAGAAGGAAAGUUCCCAUCCCAGAUGUAAUGUAAGAGAUUCUUUUUGGAUGCUAUUCUGCAUCCCCCACGAAGUGCUUCUUUUACGAAAACCUGCAGUUACCCCCUGGGACUUUGCAAUAACAGGAAUUUAAAUUUUUUCCCCCCCUUAUAGAUUUUGGUAAUCUAUUUUUUUUUUUUUUUCUUUUUUUUUUAAAAUAAUAAACCUUUAUUUUUUUUAAACUGUUCACAAUGAACCGUCCAGCUCCAGUGGAGAUAUCUUAUGAGUGUAUGCGUUUUCUAAUCACCCACAAUCCAACGAAUGCCACGCUCAACAAGUUCACAGAGGUAAGCAACAGCUAACUGAUCUGCAGUAUUAAACAAGCUGUAAAAGAUUAGCAAGGGUUUUGAUUAGUAUUGUACUCUAAAAGUUCCACAUUUUAAUGAGCUUUUGUCACACUUGGCAGUGGCAGCAGCGUGUUUUGUUUUUUGCGUUCUGUUUUAAAUAUAUCGGAGUACAUGGAUACAAUCAUGCAAGUAAAGAAUUGACAUUGUAAUAUCAAAAUUAUUUCCCAAUUUAAUGUCUAAGAUGCGCAUAGGUGUUUAUGGUACUUAUAGCAUCUCCAUCUCCCCAAUGUAAGUGGUCCUAGAGAUUUUAGAUUUUAUCUGCAGAUUGCCAGGUACUACUCCCCCACCUCUUCAAGCAUGAAGGGAGGGCCAGAUACUCCUGCUAGAUGCUACAAUUGGCCUUAUGGAGACCAUCCAUACAUAUCUGGGCUAAGCUCCAUGUAGCAGGCUUCCAGCUGCAAUGGAGUCAGGGAAAGGGCCUGCAAAUGACCGUUUAAGUGACUGUCAUGUUGCAUGUUUUGUUUAAGUUCCUUGUUCCUCUUUUUCCUUGGUUUUAAUUAUUUUGAAAUAUAACUUAGAUUUUUAGUAAUACUUAAGUAAAUGUAGGGACUACAUUUUCUCAUGGGGUGCAGGAUCUUUGAUAAUGGGCAAAGAUUAAAGGACCUCUCCACACUUAUUUAAAAACAAAAAAUUAAAAAAAAUCAGUUUAGAUAUACCUUUUUUUUUUUUUUUUAUGCAUGUAUUCAUUUGGGGUAUAUCCUAAAAGCAAGUGCAAAAAUCUGCGGUUCUUAUGAACUGCAGCCUUUGCAAGCCAUUCCCUUUUUCCUGGAAGAUUAUUUCCAGUCUUUUCAUGGGGAAAUAGAAGCCUCUGAAGCUUUCCAGCGGGUCUUCUCGUGUGUGUUUGUGUGGGGGAAGAAAAAUACCUGGCUGACAGCCAGAUUGGUAUUCCAUUGUUUAUAAAUUAAAGUGCUGAUUUCUCAUAAAUUUUGGCACUUUUAUAAUGUGCUUUUUUUUUUUUUUUUCAAAAGGCAACUUAUAAAAGUGCUGAUUUUUCUUUAAAGGGACACUAUAGUCACCCAGACCACUUCAGCUCAAUGAAGUGAUCUGGGUGCCAGGUCUCUCAGGUUUUAACCCUUCACAUGUAAACAUAACAGUUUCAGAGAAACAUUUACAUUUGGGGUUAAUCCAGCCUCUAGUGGCUCUCUUCCGGACAGCCGCUGUCUUCUCUUGGGCCCCAGAUAAGAGAACAACUCAAAAAGUUGAUUCCUUGCAAUAGGUGAAGUACCAGGUUACUCCUGACAUCAUAACCUCUACAGUGAGCUGUAGCGGUGAUGGUACUUGAAGGCUUUUAAAAAUUAUAUGUUCUUUCUUAUAACAGCCUUGAAUUGUGUAUCUAUGAAGGAGACAAAUAUUAACUAGUGUGAUUGUGUCCCUUGGGUACAUGUACACAUUUAUUUCUGAUAAACAGGUGUGUGCACAGAGGUGCAGUUCUUCAAUUUAGAAUAAUUCUGAACCUUUGCCUUCUAGGAACUAAAAAAAUAUGGUGUGACCACCCUUGUCAGAGUUUGUGAUGCCACAUAUGAUAAAGCUCCAGUAGAGAAGGAAGGCAUUCAGGUUCUGGUGAGUAUACUCAUUUCUUGCUAGUUAUGUAUAGAACUAAUUGCCUGCUGUAUUCCCUUUGACUAAAGAGUGGUAUUUUAACAUUGAAAUUUAUAUUAUGCCCUAAUAUGUAAAACCAUAGAAACAUAGAAUGUGACGGCAGAUAAGAACCAUUCGGCCCAUCUAGUCUCCAAUGGAGAGAGAAUUUACUGGCGCUUUUAAAAAUAAUAUAGAUGGACAUUGUUUUUAGUAUAUUAUGUGUACAUAUAGAUUUAUAUUUUAAAACAAUCUACUUGUAUAUGUAUUUUUACAUAAUUAUGUGGUAUUCAUGAACUAUAAUAUGUGGGAACUGGUUGACAACCUAGACAGGAAGUCUAGAGAUUUUAUUUUGCUAUUCAUAUUUAACGCUGUAACUUUCCAAAACCUCCGUAAAACCUGUGAGACAUCGCUGAACACAAAUAUUGCUGCUUUAGAGCAGUAAAACACACUGCCUAAUACUCACACCAAUACUAUGACACUGUGAACAAUAUUGCCUUUGAUUUCACUUGUUACUCUUUAAUUUGAUAAAGCCCAUAUGCAUCCAUACCAAUCCUUCUGAUGGUAUGUAUUUUCCAUUUUGACAUUUUUGCAGACCAUAUACAGAGAAAAUCAAUUUGAAAUGUUCCCUGCAAACUAUAUUCUUGCAUGAUUGUCAGUGGAGUUAAUGCUUGAAUCAUUUUAUGUGUGUAUUAAAAUUUAUACAAAAUAAAGCCAACAGGGACUUUGCAUUCUAAACACACAGAGCUGCAGUAUGCAGUUUUUGCUUCUUUUUAACUUGCGUAAAACAAGACCAGUACGUUUCUACAUGCUAAUCCUAUAAUGCCUAUUGCUAUACCUGUUUGUUUUACCAGUGUGUAAUCACAUUUGCAAACCUGCAUUUCUAUAUUGCAUGGCCAGCACAACUGUGUUUCAAAUACAAAACUAAAAACAAAAGGUAGAAAAAUUUAAGAGAUAAGUGACUUUAUUUGUAUUAGCAUUUUUUUUGUCCAUUUUCCACUUGCUUCAUGUCUUUACAAUAUCUUUCAGGAUUGGCCUUUUGAUGAUGGAGCACCACCCCCAACACAGAUAGUUGAUGAUUGGUUAAAUCUCUUGAAAAACAAAUUUCGUGAGGAGCCAGGGUGUUGUAUUGCAGUACACUGCGUGGCAGGUCUUGGACGGUAUGUUAUUUAUAUGUAAAAUACAUUUAUCUAGGCAGGGUUUAUUAACACUAACCUUUCCUUCUCCACAAAAAAGAUAAAAUUUCUGCAUGGUCAAGUGAUUCCAAUUCAUGUUCAUAUUUUGUCAACUGAAAUGCGAGGGACACAUUGGGCACCAUAACAAUUUAAUCUCAUUGAAUUGGUUAUUGUGCCUGGAGUCCCUUGACACUUUCCCUUUUUCAGUGUUAAACCAUUUUUGCCUAGUUAAACUCGAAGGCCACUCACAGUACUGGAGGUGUGGCUAAGGCAGAGAUUACACUUUGCUUUUAGCCCAUCACUACACCAGUUUCUGGUAUUAAUUUGUAUGUAUUUUGUAUGGCUGAAAUGGUCAGCUGGCACUCUCUCAGCCAAUCACAACCAUCCUUUGUUCCUCUGGUUAAUGUAUCCUCAUUCGCCCGAACAGUACGGUGAAAAUUGACAUCUGGGGGAUUUGGUUUAGCAUUAAAAGAUGGAAAACAUUUUAAUGCUGAAUUGAAAGAUGGCAUCAUGGGACUAGACACUAGAACCACUUCAAUGAAAUAAAGCUGUUACAAUGUCUACAUUGUUUAUUUAAAUAACUCUGUAGUUAGAAACUAAAGGUUAUCACUGCUGAAUGAAUCUCUACUAGUGAUGUCACGGACGGUUCGCCACGGACUCAUCAUUGAGUAAACUUUGACCCUGUACCUCACAGUCAGCAGACACAUUUCAGCCAAUCAGCCGCAGACCCUCCCUCCCAGACCCUCCCACCUCCUGGACAGCAUCCAUUUUACAUUCAUUGUGAAGCUGCAUUCUUAGUGAGCUUUCCAGGAGGUGGGAGGGUCUGCUGCUGAUUGGCUGGAAUGUGUCUGGUGACUUUGAGGUACAGAGUCAAAGUUUACUCCAUGAUGAGUCCGCGGCGAACCGUUCGGGACAUCACUAAUCUCUACCAAGUCUUGCUCCAUUCGUGAAAUAAACAAUAAUCAACACAAUGUACAGCUUGGUUAGUAAAUAGGGCCCACUUGUGAAACCCAUAUUUAAUGAAGAGUGCACCAAAUAAAUGUUUUGCAACUCCUGUCCUUUUUUGGAAUAUGUAUAUUCCCUUACACAUUGUAUUUGGUGUGCUCUGCAUUAAAUGUGGGUUUCACAAGUGGGCCCUGUUUUCUAAGUUGCACUUUGUGGUGAUUCUAAUUUUCUUUUGUGCAAUAUUUACACAUAUGCUGCACUAGUGUUUAAUACUAUAAGGUCAGGAAUACAUGUUUGUGUUUCUGACCGUUUAGUGUUCCUUUAAUUUAUAAAUAUACACGUUUUCUUAAUGUCAAAAUAUAAAUUUUUUUUUUAGACUUUUUAUCAAUUUGCUCCCAAUCUGUUUACCACAUUACAGAUAUUUUUACCUUAACAGUGUCCUGUUAACUUGGCAGGUUUAUAUUGAUAUUAAAAUCUAUUUUUAUUUAUUUUUCUUCCUCAGCUUGUACACCUUGUUAAAUCUACAGUCCUUGAAAUUAAUCUUGAUCUAGAAUACCCUUUUAACCUGUUAUGUGUUCUAUGUAGCACCACAUUAAGUAGUCUUAAACGCCAUUACAGCAGCAUAGCCCCUGAGCCUCAGGGUACUUGCCUAACCCUGUGAUCCACUUUGGGCGAUGGUGUCUGUCACAUAGCUGGAAUAGCAGUCUAUGGAACUGCUUUCAGGGGGACUAAAAAAAAGUGUAUAUGCAUGCAAUCUUUUUACAUACUUAAAUGAUUUUAUUAAUUACAAUCAUAGGUGUGCACACCCUAAUCUACUGACUGAGCAGUUGGGCACUUUAGUCAAGGACUGGAGGCCCAGAGCAGGAAGGGGCCCCGCAGCAGCUGAGCAGUAUUGGGUCUGUUAUGGAGAUAAGUAAAUCUCCAUAAUAGACCACAAUACUAUCUGAGUGCCAGUUACAGGCAUCCCUGACUGCACACACAGCCUUUCACACUGCUUACCCUGCCAGCUGGUAUGCUGGGGAGUGCUCUGUACUGCAGGAACUUCCUGUUUGUUUGAGGGGCUCUGGCAGGAUCUGACAUCAGAGCCUCGUCCACUCCACACACAGCUCCUCCAGGGAAUGUCAGCAAUGUAUGCAGGGAGAAUAGUCAGCAGCACACAGCCACUGUGCCCACGGUAGAGGCAAGGAAAAAGGGACACUGGGAGGAAGACCUAAAUGGUGAGGGAGACAAGAAAGCAAAGGGGAUUAGGAAGAGACAUAGGUAGAGGCUGGACUCUCUCUCUCUCUCACUCACUCGCUCUCACACUCUCUUAAAUUGCAGCGUAAAACUGUGAGGGAACACAGUCUUCUCACAGCUUAAUUGUGACACAAAUGGUUAACACAAAUUACAUGAUGCUUUACUAUGCUGUUUCGACACUGUUUGUUAUUUAGGCCAAGUCUUAAGUCGAUAGCUUAUGUUUCCUCAGUAACAUGGAGUAACUGGAACCAGGUAGUCAAUCCUGCCCAUACCGGGUCAUUACUUUCAGUACUUCAAAUGCUACAUGUAUUUGCCUCUCUGGGAUGCCUACCACUCUCUUUAUGCUUGCCAAUUUCUCACUCAGAUGCUUGCGUAUCGUUAGCCUACGCUCCCAGAGGCCGACCAGUGCUAUAUUUUAUUUUCACUUUUUAUGUUUGUGCGGAAAUAGGAUUUCAGUACAUAGGCCUAAUUAUGAAGUUCAGUCAAUCUAUGCUAUCACUGACUUACUAACUUGGCCUACCAAAGCAUUAACUUGUAACGCUAGAUUGUGAGGGAAUACAUAGUCUUACCAUUACUCAACUAACUCUAAUACGUAUGGUUUCCAAAACUUAUAUAAAGCCUUACUAACACCCUGACAUUUUACACAUAUUUUGGCUAAGCUUAAGGAAGAUGGCUACUGCUACCUUCACUUAGUACCAUUGCAGAAACUGGAGAAAUGACAUUCCACCCAUUUAAAUCAUUUUAAUAACCAUAUUCGAUGUGUAUGUUUCCUCUGUGAGACUACCAUGUAGAAUGUUAUCUAUAUCUUAUGAUCAUCAUGUUUUGAUGUACCCAACUGUAAGCAAUUACUACUGAUCAUUUUUUGUGUUGCCCAUGAACGUGUAUGAAUAAACCCUGAUCUUGAAUAAAAAAUAAAAUAGAGUACAAAGAGGUGUCAUUAAUGGUAAAUUUUCAAGCUGGACAGAGGUGGCAAGUGGUUUCUGUUCUGGGACCCCUUCUAUUUAACAUGUUUAUAAAUGAUCUUAAAAAAUUGAAAGUCACGUUUUAGUGUUUGCAGGUGACACAAAACUCUGUAAAAUAUUACAAUGUGAGCAAGAUAUUACUUUGCUGCAGAGGGAUUUAGAUGGACUGGGCACUCAAAUGGCAGAUGAAAUUGAAUGUUGAAAAAUGCAAAGUUAUGCACUUCGGCAUAAAGAAUACACAAGCAACGUAUACCCUUAAUGGAAGUGAAUUAGAGAUAACCACACACGAAAAGGACUUGGGAAUUGUUAUAGACCACAAACUAUGCAACAAUGUGCAAUGUCAAUCAGCAGUGGCUAAAGCUGAAUAACCAUGCUUGAAAAUGUGAAGUUUAAAAAUAGCCCAUUUAUUUCUUUAAUUUUUUUUAGGGCCACACAAGUGUGUUUUUUUUAUUUUUUUUUUUUAACAGGGGCCCUAUAAAAGCUUUUUAAACUUUUAUCUCUCUAUCGAUCGCACUCGAUCUCUCAGAAUUUACAUAUAGAGGGAUGAAUAAAAUUAACAUUUGACUUGUAUAACUUUACCAUAUAUGGAAAUAUUCAGCCCUGCUAUACAGUCACUCUAAAAUAAUUUUGACAGUUUUUUUUUUUUUUUGUUUUAAAUUUAUUUAUUUUAUAUUUAUACAUAUUAAGACAUUCAAUGAUAUUUUGGAUAUCAACACACUAUUCAAGGCUUUGAUAGUCUUUUCAGUACUGGAGUUAACAAUGCUUAUUCUAAUUUAUUGUCAUUGUAUGUAACUGGCAAAUUCAGGUUCAUUCAAUUUAUUAUAAAUUCUCUUCAUUUCAAUACUAUAUUGUCUAAAGGUGGGGCAGAAUACUUAUAGCUAUAUUUGUUCUAAUCAUUUUAAUGAAGCUUUUCUCGUGUCUUCUUUCCCCCUAUAGUUGGGACACAUUAGUAUCUAGUCUGACAUUCACACAUCACUAAUCUGUUUAUUUUAGGGCUCCUGUGUUGGUUGCUCUGGCGUUGAUUGAAUGUGGGAUGAAGUAUGAGGAUGCCGUGCAGUUUAUCAGGCAGUAAGUAAGCUUAUUAAUGGUCUUUCUGUCGUUCACUCCCCCUCCCUAUCCUUUUCUGCUCUACCUCAUGAGACCUGCUCCUGGUAAACAAGCCUCUGUGCAAGCUGCUUGUUAAACCGUUUUUCACAGAUGCAUCUUGUUGAAACAAGGUAUAAACAAGCUGAUUUAGUUAACCGUGUAAAGUGUGUAUGAAGGCUGGGAUCAGACUUGCACAGAUCUGCUGUGCUGCUGGAAUUUAAAGGACCACUAUAGGCACCCAGACCACUUCAGCUUAAUGCCUGGUCCAGCUAGGGUUAACUUUUUUUAAAAUUUUUUUUUUAUUUUUUUAUUUUUUUAUUUUUAAACAUAGCAGUUUCAGAGAAACUGCUAUGUUUACACUGAGGGUUAAUCCAGUCUCUAGUGGCUGUCUCAUUGACAGCUGCUAGAGGCGCUUGCGUGCUUCUCAUUGUAAAUGCUUUCCUAUGAACUGGCUGCAUGCGCAUUCAGCCGAUGACAUCGCUAGGAAGGAGAAGAGGAGGAGGAAAGCUCCCCGUCCGGCACUGGAGAAAGGUAAGAUUUUAACACCUUCCUCUCUCCAGAGCCCGGCGGGAGGGGGACUAUAGUGGUCCUUUAAGGUAUAACAUUUGUACACCUUAUAAAUGCAAAUUUCACAUUGGCUAAACUGUAACAUAAGUCAGUUUCAUUCUCUGUGUUGUAUGUUUAAUCUGUGGCUAAUACAAAGAUAUACUUUUAAGUGUUUUUUUAUUUAUUUGUUAGGAAACGAAGAGGUGCAUUUAACUCAAAACAGCUGCUCUACUUGGAGAAGUAUAGGCCCAAGAUGCGACUGCGGUUCAAGGAUGCCAAUGGACACUGCUGUAUGCAGUAAAAGAAGAGUGAAAACCCAUGGCUUUUUAAUAUGACCCCUGUGCUCAAAUGUAUUUGAGCUAUAUGGUCCAAAUGUGAUGCUGGAUCAAAAAGGUGGACUGGUUUUGUGCCUCCGUCCCAAUUAAAUGACUAAGUGCCACCAUCUGCAGAAAUAAAAAUGGAAUUAAAACAUGUGUCGGUGAAGGACGUUUUUUUUUUUUUGUUUUUUUUAAAUGUGAAAACAGAAUAGUGGCAAAGUUGUAUUACCUGUCCUAAAAAACAAAAAAAUGAUGUAUGUUUAUUAGGAGGGUCUGCUUAGUGGUGGCUUACGUGUGCUCUACUGACUCCCUUCUAACAUUACAUGGGUGAACAGCAAGAUACAACUUACACUGAAGUACACAAUGUCCUUCAUUAACAGCAGGUCUUGUGUUGGUUGUCAGAUUUUAUCUAUAUCUUACAAGUAAAGUAUAUCAUGCCAAUGUGAGGUUUAUUUUUUGGUAGUUAGGGCUUGUCUGCACUAUUGUAUGUAAAUUAGAAUCAGACCCUUUCACUUGGGCACAAGUCUAUUAGGACUUUAUCUAAAUAGCUUUGUGAUUAAAGAAGAGCUGAUAUAAAACUAUAUUUGGUGACUGUUAGUGCAGUUCAAAUCAAAGUAUACAAAGGACCCAACAACCUGUAGCAUUGAAAAUGUAAACAUCAGACACCAACUGUGCAAAACACCAUAAAUGUAAUUAAUUGUGGUUGUGUUCCAUUUUUGUGAGUUGUCCCAGUCUUUUGAUGUGGCACACUUUCUCUUUAAAGCCAUUCUUAAGAGGGUGGGAUACAGGCACGUAAUGGGAUAAAAAAGAAAAAAACUGAUGAAUGGAACUAACUUACCAUCAUAUUGGCAGCUCCCAAACUGUAUAGCAAAAGGGAAUGAUGAUACUUUUCAUUCAUAUUGUAUUGUGACACACAUUUUCCCCAGAGUAAGUAAAGUGUGACCAGGUAGGUGGAGGAGACCUGAUAAAUCUCGAUCUAGCUCUUUACUGCCACAGUACAUAUCCAAAUUGUGGGGGGAUUUUUAUUUUUUUAUGCUGCAGGCAAAUGUGAAAACUACAGUUAACCUACAAAAUUGGAUGUUACCCUUAUUUCUUACAUCAGAAAACUGCCAUAACAUUUUUUUAAGUUUGCUUAAAACUGAUGCCAAAAUUAGGGAACAAAAUGUUCAUACUAAGCACCAUAACGUUGCAUCAUUUGGAAAGGUUAUAGUGCAUCAUCCCAUACCAGCAUAUAAUUGCAGCUAUAACGCUUAUUCUAGAGGCAUACCUUGGCACCUAAUAAGGAAAUGUAUAUUGUCAUUCACUUGCCCCAUAGAAACUGACAUUUUUGUUUUGCACCACAACCUCUUUUUACUAUAGAGAUGAAUUGCACACACUCUGGUGCCUGUGGGCAGCUCUCGAGAUUGCCCUGUGCAUAAAACUGUACAGAUCUGUGCGUAAACUUCUGACUGCCUGACCAGACUAUAGAACAGUUCUAAUCCUAAAAUCUGAUGAGUGGACUUUAGCCUAUAGGCAAAACUACAUUUCCCAAAAAUAACUAAAGCGGUUUGUGGGAUAAUAGACCAGAAUUAAAUUCCCAGUUGGUGGAACCUUUAACUGGUAUGUGACCUGGACUUUCCUGUGCAAGUGGUGCAAUUUUAAGAGGGGGAAAUAACUCCACUUUGCUUUUAAUCUAACAUCUAUAUACUGCAUUAACAAUGUCAUUUCCUACAUACCUUUUUGAUGCUCCCCAUUAUUCAUUAUAAGUGAAGAAUGAUUGAGAUGUUUAACCCCUUAAGGACACAUGACGUGUGACAUAUCAUGAUUCCAUUUUAUUCUAGAAGUUUGGUCCUUAAGGGGUUAAGUAUUAACAAUGCCAUUUUAUAGACAUGUAAGGCAUGCUGCAGACCAGUCAUGAACUGACCUUUGGCACUCCAGCUCCUCUGCAACCCCCAGGUCUUGGUUCUUAACCAGCCCAAUCACACUAGAUGUUUGUUCCAACUAAUGUGAUUUCAAGGGGCUUUCAGCCACUUAACAUUAGUGCUUUAACUAAAACAUUGCAGGAUUUAGUUGCAUAAUAAAUGAGGGAUUCCUUUUUAUUUUAUUUUUGUUUCUGCAACAAACUAUUUUAACACCAAUAAUUUUAUUUAUAUCAUAUUACAUACUUCUAUGGCUAUUAACUUUAGCACAUUUCCAUGAGUGAAAGUCACCUUACAUUACAAAUAAAUAGCAUUGAUUCUUGAGGGCAAGUUUUUUUUUUUUUUGUGCUAGAUGGGUUCAAAUAUGCCAUAUUAGCUAAAAAAAAAAAGUGAGCAGUCCUCUCUAACCCAUAUUUAUCAUAUGGACACUAGAAAUAGAUCUCUUCCACAUGUACAUUGACCUCUACAUUGCAAUGGUUUUUAGAAUUCUGAAUCAGUGGCUUAAUUUAAAUUUUUUUAAAAUCUAAAUAGAAGAACAUUCGCACUUGUACUUGCUGUUCUCCCUUGGAUAUGCUGUAUUUUAUUUCCCACUUACGACAGAUAUGCAUUACAUCUGGAGGGGGAAGGUGCUUUGAAUUUGUAAUUUAUUUUGUUUCCCCUGAGCCAAAUUGUUUAUACAAUUUUAAGAUGUUGAUUGGCAAAGGAGUAGACAUGCUGGCAAACUAGAAUAUUACUUGGUUUCAAGAAACAUGUUAAAUAAAAUAUUUUACACAUUCUAGUCUGUCUGAAU